AUGGCGCCUCAGGCACAUAGCGAUGCUGCGGCCGACAAGAAGCGGCGGUGGAGCGGCGAGGGCGGCGUCCUGGUUCUGGUUGGCAUCCUGGCUGCCAUCACGCUCCACCUGCUGGUGUCCCGGGCCAGCGAGGCGCCCAGCGUCGGUAUCCUCGCCACCUGGCAGCCCGCACAGCCGCCAGCGGCACCGCUGUGCGUUGCGGGCCAGCUCCUGCUGACGGCACGGCGCUGGUUUGGCAGCAAGGUGCAGGGGAGCACCGCCGUGGGGAGCGCCACAGUGGACCUGUCUCGCAAAUCAGAGCUGCCCCUGGCGCCACCAGCCCCUGCACCGCCGGGAGACCCAUUGGUAGGCCAGUUGCAGCAGGAGCUGGCAGCUUGCAGCAAGGAGCUUUCAGCCACAACUGUACAGACAUCUGUGUGCCAGCAGGAGGCAGCAGCAUACAGCCAUGCAGCCAGCGACAACGAGCGGCAGCUGGCAGCCUGUCGCCACGGUGCCGGCAGCCUCAACGAGCAGCUGGCAACCUGCCGGAAUGCUGCCAAAACCAGCGCAGAUCAGCUGGAAGCAUGCGCCAGCGCUUCCCGGGACCACGAGCGGAAGGUGGGGGCCUGCAUCGGCGGCGAGCAGCAGUGCAGGGAGCAGCUUGCAGCUGCUGGCGCCGAGGGCGAGCGCUGCGUGCAGCAGCUGGCGGCCUGCCGAAGCACCGCACAGGACGGCGAGCAGCGGCUGAAAGCUGCUGUUGCGGAGGGGCAGCGCUGCGACGGCGAGCUGUCAGCCAGUGCCAGCGAGGCACAGGGCUGCAAGCAGCAGCUCCGCCAGGCAGUCGUGGAGCUCAGAGAGGCAGAGGCGGCGGCAGCCAGCGAUGCUCACACCUGCAAGCAGCAGCUGAGCCAGGCGGCGGUGGAGGUCAACGCUGCAGAGGCGCCGGCAGCCAAGGCCAUCGCUGCCUGCGCAGCCUCUGCGGCUGUUGUGUGUGAUAUCGACGCCGGCGCCGGUGCAGGGAGCCACAGUGCAGGCACCGAGGCCAGCCCUGCCUGGUGCACUUGUGACUUGUGCAAGGCGGCCUCCACCGCCGCGGUCUGCUGCGCGGCAGCCGUGCUGGCGGCAUCUGUCGCACUGCUGCGGGGCGAUCGCAUGCUGGCCCGGCUGCAGCAGCUCUUGGACGAGCGGGGAGAGCAGGAGGAGCAGGAAGAGGAGGAGGAGGAGGAGGCGGGUGCCGUGGCGGCAGCCACGGAUGUUGUCGAGGCCGUGCUUGAUGCGGGCGGCGCGGGCUCGGGUGAUGAGCACGAAGAAGGGGCAGCCUAUGAGGCGGCAGCGGAUGCCAGCGUGACUGUGUCGGUGGUAGGCAGCCUGUUGACGUCUCCAGACGCGGCUGGAGCGGAGGCACCGCCAGCAAAAGCGGUGCUGUCGCCACAAGAGAUGGCAGCAGAGCCAGCAGCAGGAGCGGCGCUGCUGGAGGCGCCACAGGCUGCACCGCAGCCGGGCCGGCCCCCGGUCCCUGCGCCAGCAGCCGGCGGCAGCCCGCCGGGAGAGGGCUUGGCCGGGCCCCGCCGCUGGCCGACGGCGCCAGAGGAGGAGGCAGCGGCUGCGGCAGCAGAGGCAGACGGCGCAGGCUUCCGGCCGCUGGAGGCUGGAGCAGCGCGCCUGGCUGCGACGGGCACCGUGCCGGGGCUGGAUGCCCCCGUCCCUGUGGGCACCGUGGCCAGGCGUGUGUCAGAGAUAGAGGAGCUGCUGCGCAGCCCGCCGCGCCCCGCCACUGCCCGGCGCAGCCUGCGGUACCCUUCCUUCCACCUCCCCUCCGCCCGCGCCGCCAGCUCUUGGUCCAAGCAUUUCGAUGGCAGCGAGGGCGCGGGCCCCUCCUCCUCUGACAGCGGCAGCUGGGACAGCGGUGAUGGCGAGGCGGAGGGCGGUGUCGCCGCCAGCGCCAGCCUGCAGCACAACCCGCUGUACCGGGGCGGGACUGGCGUAGCUGCCAGCAGCAGCGCCGAGGCGGAGGUGGUACUGUACUGCGGGGAGUCCAGCAAUCCACUGUACCGCCCCACCGCCAGCUCAGAGGCAGAGUGGGAGCAGGGCGCAGGGGAGGCGGGUGCCUGCGCCUUCUCCCUGCUCGACAACGAGCUGUUUGCCGCAACAGAGGCCGCCGCAAAGGAGCACGCGGCGGCGGCAGUGGCGCUUCAGGUGCAGCAGCUGCAGGACGUCGUGGCGGCGCUGCAGCAGCAGCUGGCCCGCCAGGCGGCUGCUGCGGCGGCGGCGCUGGAGUCGGCGCAGGCGGCGACCGCCGCGGAGCGGCGGGCGCGGCGGGAGGAGGCGGCGGCGGCCAGGGAGGCGCUGGCCGCGAUGUGUGCGCAGCUGGAGGCCGCCCAGCGGAGGCUGGCAGAGGAGCAGGGGGCGCUGGCGGCGGCGCGGCAGGAGGCGGCGGCGGCGCGCCGCCAGCUGGCGGCGCUGACCGCCCACCUGGAGCACCUGCAGCUCAUGGCGGCCUGUGAUGCCUCGCAGGCGGGGCGCCAGCUCGGCCUGCUCAGCCGCCUGCUGUCCUGCCGCUCCAGCGAGGCGGAGCGGCUGCUGGUGCAGCUGCAGCUGCAGCCGGGCGGCGACCUCCAAAGGGAGGCAGAGUUCCGGGCGAGCCUGGUGAUUAAGUCAAGGCCCACAGAGCUGCAGCUACGGAUCCUGGGCUGCUGCACCUGGGCCUUCCAAGCGCUGAGGGCCAGCGACUGCGCGAGCUCGCUGUGGGUCGCCUGGAAGCAGCCAGGCCUCCCCUUCAAGCAGCGGUGCUGGGCGCUUGCCAUUGGCAACCUGGUGCAGGUCAUGUGCGGCUGCCUGUGCUACCAUUCUGUGUACCCACCUCGCGACUCCGCCCCCACCCUGCUCUCCCUGUUCCUGGUCAUGAGCGGCAACGGCACCAUCUACCUGCUGGCAUUCAGCAAGCUGACGCCCCUCCCCUUCAGGUGGCAGGUGCCUCUGCUGACCGCCAUGGCCGUCGUGCUGCUGGCACAUGGUCCCGACUUCUGCACCAACCAGCAGCUGCAGCAAGGGUACCGGCUGAUCCAUGUCGUGUCCAGCGCUGCGCUGCCGCUGCUGGUGCCGGGCGCCCUGGCGGAGCUGCCAGAGGGAGCCCUGCUGGCGGGCCUGGUGGCGGGGCAGGACCCGCCCACGGCGGCUGCGCUGUGCCGCCGCUACCAGGGCGGCGCUGUAGUCUUGUGCUAUGCCGCGGUGGUGGCGCACCUGUAUGGCUCCGAGGUCCGCAGGAGGGAAGAUUUUGUGGAGCGGCGGAGCCGGCCAGGUGCGGCGGCGGCAGCAGCAGCAGCAGCAACAACAGCGGCGCAGUGGCAGGCCGAGCGCGCUGUCCCGGGAGCGGCAGCUCCAAUGCAGCGCGCUCCGGCGAGCAUGUCGACCUGGAUUUAA